AUGGGCAUGGGAAUGGGCGGCGGCGGCCUCCCGAUGUCCCCGAAGAGCAUCGCGCGGUUCGGGAUGGGGGCGUACGGCGCGCAGGCGAGCGCGUUCGUCUCGAACAACUACGCCAAGUACUUCAGCAGCACGGCGAUGCGGUACUACUUCGACGUCAACGAGGCGUACGUGUUCAACAAGCUCAAGCUGCUCGCGUGCCCGUUUCUUCACAAGGGGUCGUGGGCGCGCAUCCCGGAGCCGUUUAAACCCCCGCGCGGCGACAUAAACGCCCCGGACUUGUACAUUCCCCUGAUGGGCUUCGCGUCGUACGUGCUGACGAACUGCAUCCUUCAGGUGCGUUCUAUCUCGCACUGGUCCCCAUACGACCCCGUCUGCGUGGUGAACGCCGUUCCUUAA